AUGGAGCAGCGGCACAAACAGCUGCCAUUUUCUGCUGCAUUAAGACGGAAAGAAUAUCAGCAGCAAGUGCGCGAGCAAGAGAGGUUGAAAUCAACAGCACCCACGCACGCAGCACCGCCUCUCAAGCAGCAGCAGCAGCAGCAGCAAGCCGAAGGCCAAGCCCAUCCAGCAGCCGUGCUGACUCCCCGGAACCAGCCACAGCUGCCGCAAGGCUGCCUGCUUCAGCUUCCGCAGGCCAAGCAGCAGCAGCAGCAACCGCUGCAGCGAGAGCCGCAGCGCAGCCUACGCCGCUCUGUAUCGUCAGGGUCACCUCCGGGCCGCUCCCCCAUAAGGCCAGCAGCAGAGGGCCCCACCAGAGAAGAUAAUUGCCAGCAUAAAGGGGCUUUUUGCCUCUUAAAUACACCAGAAGACCCGGGAAAUAAAGUAUUGAAGAAGGGGUCCCCAGCUCCUCCAUCUUGGGAGUUUACAAGAGCUGCACGCGCCUGCCGCAGCAGCAGCAGCAGCAGCAGCAGAAAAUGCAAGGAUGCCAGCCGCAGCGGCAGAUAUGCGGCAGAGGUGCGAGGCCAAGCAGCAGCGUCCACUGGGGUGGCGAGAGUUGCUGCCACUGUUACUCCUGCUGCUGCUGCAGUAAGACUGUGCAGCAGAGAAUCCCAAAGGCCCCAACUUGCGUCCCGCAGCUCAUUAAGGCUACAAAAUAGUGAGCAGCAGCUGCAGCAAAGACAACGCAGCCUGAGUGCGCUUGGACGGCCUCUUCGUGAGUCCUCUCAAGUCUGCCUGCAGGGUCGCUUGCUGCUGCGGCUGCAGACAGCCCAGCAGCAAAGCCAGCAGCAGCAAUGGCAGCAGCAGCAAAUGCUUCGCCAGCGGCGUAGCUGGAGCGUGGCAUCUUUGCUGCCUCUCAAAAAAGAAGCUGCUGGGGGCCUGCAAUGCCUGCGUGCGCGUUCGCUGGCUGCGGCCCGGCAGCAGCAGCAGCAGCUUCCAGCGCUGCAGCGACCGUUGUCAUUCCAAGAGGAGCUGCUGCUGCUACGGCGGCUGUGGGAAGCAAACCAUGCUGUGGCAACAGCAGCACAGCGACAGGUAACGCAGCGAUCCCAACAGCAGCAGCGGCAGCAUCCGCAGCAGCAAACAGACGUGGUCAAUACGCUGCUUCUGCAACAGGUAUUAGAGGAAAAGACGGCUGAGUCCACCCGCGCAAGGAGACAAUUACUGCUGUUGAGGCAGCUUCAACACCAAAGGACGAAGCUGGAGCUGCUAAGACGACAGCAGCAACGCUGCAGCAGGAAGCUGACACAGAAGCUGGCACCAGCAGCGCUGCGGUGGUGGGGCACCAGCAGCAGCAGCAGCAGCAGCAGCGGCAACGCGGGAGCAGAGAAAAGUGGAAAGGGGCCGCCUGAGUGUUUGCUGACGGGCAUUUUAGAGGGGCCUCACUUACCCAUAGAGGGAGAGCUUUGGCUGCGGCGGCUGCACUGGGAGUUGAGUCUUGAGAUUAGACAGUGGCAGCAGCGGCAGAGCAGCGGCAGCGGCAGCAGCCGCAACGGAAGACAGGUGGCCACUUUGCUGCAGCUCAUCAAGAAGAAGUGCGUGAAGAGACGCAGAAAGAAAGAGAAGCAGUUGAGACGGCAGACACUCUCGAGCUUUCACAGGGCGAGGCGCCAAAUGACGCUGUGGGCCAGCAGCAGCAGCAGCAGCAGCAGGAGCUGGUUUACCCUGUAUGCACACCACAGGGUAGUGAGCACACCAGAAUCGGGGGAGGUCAGAAUCUUAUCAUCUUCAGCAACCUCAUGGCAGCAGCAGAACGCAGCUGUUGAGCCCUUCGAGCUCUUUUUCGACUCCUGCAGCAGCUCAGAUGGCAGCGAAGAGCUGCAGCAGCCGCAGCAGCAGCAGUCCAGGGCUCAGAACAAGCAGCAAAAAAAGCAGCUCCACCGUUUGCUGCUGCGGCAGUGGAGCCUACGGAAGCCUCGAGCGAGCGAUGCUGAAACAGCUCCUGCGCUAGUUGCAGCAGCAGAAACCGCAGCAGCAGCAGCAGCAGCAGCAGCAGCAAAACCAGCGAGCACGCACUCCAACAGCGGGCAGCUGCAUGGGUGCAGCGGCCCGCGCCCAGCCGCAGCUAAUAUCCUGCACACGAGUGAAGACAGGGGCAGCAGCCCGAGUGCUGCUGCUGCUGCUCCUAAAGCCAACCCUGUGUUCUCUGAGGGUGGGAAGCAUCUUAACGCUGCUUUCUUUUACCGGCUUGCAGCUGUUUGCUGCAGCUGUUUUCUCUGGCUGCUCUGCCGUGGUGCUUCUUUGCUGCAGCUGCGACUGCACCUUCAAAGAGGGUCACGGCGGCAGCUGCUGCAGGAGCAAAUGCAGCAGCAGCAGCAAAGGCUGCGGCAAAUGCUGCUGGAGGAAAGAUACCUCGCCUUAGACAGACACGGCACUUCAGCUGACGCCGCGCUUCUCGCCUGGAGGGGUGCGCAACUGGCUCACGAAAUCUUCGUCAGGCAGCAGCAGGUGCAGCAGCAGCAGCAGCAGCGUGAGCGGCAGAAACAGCAGCAAAAGCAACUGCAAGAGCAGCCUCCGCAGCAGCAAGAGUGGCAGCAGCCGCAAGACUGUUUCCUGAUAGAACCAGGAACGGAUGGCACACCGCCUGGCAGCAGUAGCACGAGCAGCAGCAACGAGAAGCCUGACUGCAACACGCAGUGCCUUGGCGAGAAGCCUGAGAGGGGCGGCUGCUGCAGCAGCUGCAGCCGUUGCUGCAGCAGCUCAGUAGGCAAAAGCAGGGGCCACAAUUGGCGAAGCUCAAGGUCCUUAUCGUAUGACUUUCCUCGCAAGCACCGGCGCCCCCUGAGCAGCCUCCGCAGUUUGCCUGUGGGAAGCAGCAGCUCUUUUUGGGGCCGCCGGCGCCGCAGCAGCAACCAGCGCAGCAGCAGGGACAGUAACUUCUGCAGAGGCAGCAGCAGCAACGCGGAUAGUGUGCUGCCACCGUAUGUGCGCAGUUUGCUGGAUGCAGGCAAAGCUUGCGCCAGGCUGGAUGAACUUCAGGUCGAGAGGGCAUGGAGCAGCAAGAGCUACAGCUUCAGCAGCAACAACGGCUGCAGCAACAGCAGCAGCAGCAGCUGCUGCUGCCACAGAAGCAACUGCAGCAGCAGCAGCAGCAGCAGCCACUGCGGCUGUGGGAAUGAGGGACGCGAUCGUGAGGGCAUUUUAAACAAAUCGGCUUCAUUCAAGGAUGCGCUGCUGUUGCCCAUUAACUGGGCACGAAGACUGACUAAUAUGGGCAAGAAGGAGUCGUACGGAAGAGGCGCAGCAGCAGCAGCAGCUUCCCAUAAGCUGCCGCCGCUGCAGCAGCAGCAGAGUCGACCGCCUGCAGACGAACUUGGGCUGUCAGCAGACAGCUGCAGCACUGGACUGCAGCACCAGAUGCCAGAUGCAGAGCUGCAGCACCAGCAGGAAGUCUCUAGCGGGCUGCACGAGGAGGCGCAGCAGCAGCAGCAGCCAGAGCAGCAAGAGCAGCAGCAGCAGCAGCACCCAAAACAGCAGCAGCAGCAGACAGAAGCCACAGCAGAGCGAACCUGGGGGGACGCAGCUCUCACCCUGCUAAAAGCCAUCUUCGAGCUGCACCGCGCAGGACCACAGACCCAGGGGCUGCAGUUGCCGCAGGCGGAAGCAGAUGGCUCUUUGCUGCACUUGCUGCAGCUGCAGGAGGCAAUCGUGCGGGAGCUCGUGCACUUGCGCCAGCAGCAGCAGCAGCAACAACAACAACAAGAACAACAGAGGCAGCUGCAGCAGAAGCAACCACAAGUCAAGAUUCCACUUGCAGGACCUAGCAGACGCAGCAGCAUAAAGAGCCUAUUCUCUUUUCCUGCUAUCUUUCGGCGGGGCAGCAGCAACAAAGAGGAGCUGCCUGCAGCAGCAGCAAAAGCAGCGGCUCCCUCCCACGUGGUAGCCACAAGCACGACUUCGAGCCUCCACGCGGCUUCCCUUCAACGAAGCAGCAGCUGCAGCAGCAAAGGCAGGAGCAGCAUCAGCAGGAACAGCAGCAGCUGCAGCAAAGGCUGCAACGACGCCACUACAACUGCUUUCUUCGAGAGCCCUUUGCCGGAGGUGGGCGGUCGGUGCGCUGCUGGUGUGCACGCAGGGUGCUGCCGUGUCUGGGGUGGUGCUGCUGCUACUGCUGCUGCUGCUGCUGCAACUGCAGCAGUUUGCUUUGCUGUUUCUGCUGCUGCUGGCAUUUCUUUGGGGGCCCUUGCUUUUGCCCUGCUUGCAGGUGCUGCUCAUAGGAGAUACCCUCGCUGUGAGCCGAAGGGCCCACAGAGAGUCGCAGCAGCUAGCAGCACUUUUGGACUGCAAAGGAGUUCCCUAUUUGUUUAUAGACACCAACGCGGCUGCUGCACAGGGUAA